AUGGGCUGCCCCAGCUCAGGAGCAGGAAUGUGUGAGCCUAAACAGGGAUCCAUGACCUGGGAAGAUAUUCUACCAGUGCACUUCCUGGCACCAGUUAUUCGACAGUUCCAUGUGAUAGGACCAAGAUCUCCAGUCAUCGCGGAGGUGGGGGAAGAGGCUGUGUUCUCCUGCCACCUGAGGCCAGCCAUGGAUGCUCAGCACAUGGAGGUGACAUGGUAUCACAAUCAUCAACCGGGCCUGGUGCACGACUAUAGGAAUGGCCAGGACCAUGUGGAGCAGCAGCGACAGGAGUACCGCGGGAGGACCCAGUUCCUGAAGGGGAACAUCAGCCAGGGGCAGGUGGCCCUGAGGCUCCGGCCCAUCCGCCCUUCAGAUGGAGGGGACUACAGGUGUUUAUUUGCAAGCCCCACAGAGUACAGAGAAGCACAGUUCUCUGUGAUAGUCACAGCCUCAGGCCUGGCUCCUCGUAUUCAUGUUGAACCUGGUCCCAGCAGGAGCAUUAAGCUGACCUGCAUGUCCCGAGGGUGGUACCCGGGGCCAGAGGUGCAGUGGAGUGGCCCUGGAGGACUCCACCUGGAACCUGCCUCUGAGACGAAGACAGUAGAAGCAGACGGCCUGUUCCAUGUGGAGUCCUCCCUCACAGUAGGGGAAAGCUCCAGAGGACACGUGUCUUGCUCCAUCAGGAACCCCGUCUUCAAUGAGGAGAAGGAGGCCCACGUGUCCAUGGCAGCUGGGACCCAUCUCUGGGACCUGGACCAGGAGAUGUGCCUGGUUCAGGAGCUGAUCCCUCACAGUUCCUGCUAUCAUCUGAGAAGAACUCCAGGUGACCUUAGGCGUAGCCUGGCCUUACAGCCACAGCCACGUGAUGUGGAGGACACCUGGACAGCAGGCCCAUGA